GUUUAGUAUUUGCAAUAGAAACAAACAGAAGCAGGCGUGAAAGUGAGAGUUAGGGGUUGAAACACUUGAUCCCUUUGCUGUGUUUGCCUUGCGUUGUGCGCUUCUGGAAUCUGUCCCUAAAACACAACCCAAAUGGCUGCUCUCUUGAGAAGGUUUGCGAGAGCUACUCCGAUACCGUUCGCUGCCCAAUCCAACUCCUCUCACUCCAAUCUCCGCCUUCCCUUCGCUGCUAUCGCCGCCAUUUCCGGCGGAGUCUCCUUCCUUUACUACCAUUCCUCUCCCAGCCUCGUUCAUUCGCAACAAACAGAACAAGAGGAAAGUAGAAAUACCGCGCUCAACCCGGACAAAUGGAUCGAGUUUAAGUUGCAGGACACCGCCAGGGUUAGUCACAAUACUCAGCUAUUCAGGUUUUCGUUUGAUCCCACUCAGAAAUUGGGUCUGGAUAUUGCUUCUUGCAUCCUUACAAGGGCUCCAUUGGGACAAGAUGCUGAAGGAAAACCAAAAUUUGUUGUACGCCCGUAUACUCCUAUUUCAGAUCCAGAAUCGAAAGGAUAUUUUGACUUGCUAAUCAAGGUGUAUCCUGAAGGGAAGAUGAGCCAGCAUUUUGCAAGCUUAAAACCAGGUGAUGUUGUUGAAGUGAAAGGGCCCAAUGAAAAACUCAGAUAUACUCCUAAUAUGAAGAAGCAUAUUGGCAUGAUUGCUGGAGGCUCAGGAAUUACUCCUAUGCUUCAGGUAAUUGAAGCUAUUUUGAAGAAUCCUGACGACAAAACUCAGGUAUCAUUACUUUAUGCUAAUGUCUCCCCAGAUGACAUUCUGCUUAAACAAAAGCUUGACAUUCUAGCAACAAGCCACCCAAACUUAAAGAUAUUCUACACUGUUGAUAAUCCAACAAAAAAUUGGAGAGGAGGUGCAGGUUACAUAUCAAAGGAUAUGGUUGUGAAAGGCUUACCUGCUCCUAGUGAUGAUACUCUUAUACUGGUAUGUGGACCUCCUGGGAUGAUGAAACAAAUAUCUGGAGAAAAGGCCAAGGACUGGACACAAGGAGAGGUUUCUGGCAUCCUGAAAGAGGCUGGAUACACUGAACAAAUGGUUUACAAAUUCUGAGAAAUUUAGGUUUCUCGCCUGAUACUAGCAUUCUUGUCACUGCAGAAUUCGUUACUGAAAUGGUUUUCUGAAGAAUAACCGUUGGCUGCGGUUGAAAAUUCGAACACGAAAUAAAUAUAGAAUUACAGAGCACUGAAAAUGGUUGAUUGUUAUGUAUUUUCAAAAUUUUGUUGACACUUAAUCAUGCGGUUAUUUAGCAUGGAUGUCAAUAAAGGGCAUCUCUCCAA